AUGUCAUCACCACCCGCCCUCAACACGCCACUAUGCAAGCUGCUCGGCAUCAAAUACCCCAUCAUGCUGGCCGGCAUGGCACGAACAUCUGGCGGGCCCCUUGCUGCCGCAGUCACGAACGCCGGCGGCAUCGGCACAAUUGGAGGUUUGGGAUAUACACCUAAGCAGCUACAAGAAGUACAUGGCCUCAUAUCUCCGCACACCCUCCGCGCCAUCAUCGACGAACUCAAGUCCAACCUCGACGACAAGAACGCCCCCUUCGGCGUCGACCUGGCCCUCCCGCAAGUCGGCGGCUCCGCCCGCAAGACAAACCAUGACUACACCCACGGCCAGCUCGACGACCUCAUCACCGUGACCAUAAACUCCGGCGCAAAAAUCUUCAUUUCCGCCGUCGGCGUCCCACCUCCACAUGUGAUUAAGCGCCUCCACGAAGCAGGCAUCUACGUAAUGAACAUGGUCGGCGCGCCCAAACACGCCGAAAAAGCCCUGAAAGCCGGCGUCGACAUCGUCUGCGCCCAAGGCGGUGAGGGUGGAGGGCAUACAGGCGACAUCGCUAACAGCAUCCUCAUCCCCGCCGUGUGCGACGUCGCCCGCAAAUACAAAUCCCCCCUGACAGGCGAGCCCGCCCUCGUCGUAGCAGCAGGCGGCAUUAACGACGGCCGCAGCCUCGCCUCAUCACUGAUGCAAGGCGCCGUCGGCGUCUGGGUUGGCACGCGCUUCGUCGCGAGCACUGAAGCCGGGUGCUCGCAGCAGCACAAGGAGGGCGUUGUGAGCGCUGACUUCACCGAUACUUUACGAACACUCGUCGUCUCAGGGCGGCCGCUGCGGGUCAAGGCAAAUGACUAUAUCAAGAAGUGGGAGGCUCAGCCGGCGAAAAUCAAAGAGUUGACGGAUAAGGGUGUCGUUCCUAUGAUGGCGGAUAUUGAGAAUGAUGUUGAGGAUGUGGAUAUGCCGUUUUUGAUGGGGCAGGUUGCGGCUGUUAUUGGGGAAAUCAAGCCCGCGAAGGACAUCGUUGAGGGGAUGGUGAAGGAGGCGGUGCAACAAAUAAAGCUGGGUCAGUCAUAUCUACUCGAUGGAGGGCGGAGUCGAUUGUGA